GGGUCCUGGUGCUAUAUAAAGGAAAUGGGCCCGCUUUCAAGCCUCUUGAAGGCUGCAAAGAAGUAGGUCUGUGAAACCGCCCCAGGAUCCGGAGCGGCCGGAGCCCUUCCUGUUCCACUUCCGGUUGCAAUCAAUAAAGGCCUUUCGUACAGUAAUAGACUUCAGGCCUCUGCCGGAGUGCUCGCGACACUGCGCAGAACAUUCUCUGGCCGACCUUGCCGGCACCUGUGGAUGGCUUCGCUCCGCGGAACCCUCCACUCGGCGACCUUGGCUGCGGGAACGCGCCGCGCUUUGGCGGGCUCCCUGGCCGGUAGCUGCCUGGCGGACCGCUGCCUCUGGGAUAAGCUCCACGCCCAGCCCCGUCUGGGCAGCAUCCCCACCUUCGACUGGUUCUUUGGGUACGAGGAAGCCCAGGGGCUACUCCUGCCGCUGCUGCAUGGUGGCCGAGCUGCCUGUCCACUGCGUGUGUUGGACGUGGGCUGUGGGACCUCGAGCCUGUGUACAGGCAUCUACACCAAGUGCCCUCACCCUGUGGACGUGCUGGGGCUGGACUUUUCUCCUGUGGCUGUGGCCCACAUGAACAGCCUCCUGGAAGGUGGCCAAGGCCAAACACCCCUGAACCCUGGGCACCCUGCCUCCCGCCUGCACUUCAUGCAGGCUGAUGCCCAGAACUUAGAGCCGGUGGCUUCUUCAGGCUCCUUCCAGCUAGUGCUGGACAAAGGCACCUGGGAUGCUGUUGCCCGGGGUGGUCUGCCUGGAGCACACCAGCUGCUGUCAGAAUGCCUGAGGGUCCUUAGUCCUCAGGGGACCUUAAUUCAGUUCUCAGAUGAGGACCCUGAUGUGCGGCUGCCCUGCCUGGAGCAGGGAUCCCAAGGCCGGACUGUGACUGUGCAGGAGCUUGGCCCUUUCAGGGGCAUCACCUACUUUGCUUACUUGGUUCAAGGCUCUCAUUAAAGACUUUUAGUCCUGA